AUGUCGUACGCUGCUCGUGAGGGGAUCUGGUUGCGUCGGCUGCUGGCCGAUCUUGGUUUUGAGCAGACAUCGCCGACUCGUCUGAGGGGUGACAAUCAAUCGGCUAUCACUCUGGCCAAACACCCGGCUUUCCAUGCUCGCACCAAACACAUCGGGAUCCAUUUCCACUUCAUCCGAGAUCACAUUGCGGAGGGCACAAUCGAGAUGGUCUGGGUGCCCACGGGCACCAUGGCUGCGGACGUCCUCACCAUAGGGCUCGGGACUCAGAAGCAGUAUCAGUUUGUACACGCGAUGGGGCUUAUCGAUUCAUCGCGUGAAGGGGCGAGUUGGUGUGUUGGGAAUGAGGGUUAGGAACCGCGCGUUCUUUGGUAAUCUGUUUAAAAGCGCUCGUCUGUUCACUGAAGCCUGGCGAUGCGCACCAACCGUUGUCUUCUCUCCACGGUUGGAUUACACGCUCGUCAGGUACGCAUGUUUAGCUUCACAGCCACUUUCGUUGAAAUUAACUGACGGUUGGAUUACACGCUCGUCAGUCUCUUAUUGUCGGCAACCUCGUCAAAAACAUAUUGAAGGAAAACGGAACGAUACGUUUUUGCGGUGA